CCGCGCAUCUAUAAAGGGUCGUAACCCAUAAUCACUCGCGGAUUCGGCAGACGACAACACGUGGGAACGUCCGGUGAUAAGCACACACACAAACACGCAAAACAGUUGUUUUCUGACCAUGGCAGGGGAACUAGCUCUUUUGAGUGUAUCAGACAAAAGUGGGCUACUCGAUUUUGCAAGAAAGCUGUGUGAUCUUGGCCUGAAGCUGGUGGCAUCAGGUGGCACUGCAACAGCUAUCAGAAAUGCUGGAAUUGAAGUCAGGGACGUUUCAGAUAUUACUGGGGCUCCAGAGAUGCUAGGAGGCAGGGUCAAAACCCUCCACCCAGCAGUACAUGGAGGAAUACUGGCCCGACUAACAGAGUCAGACAAGAAAGAUCUUGAUCAACAAGAUUACAAGCUGAUCAGGGUAGUAGUGUGUAAUCUUUACCCUUUUAUAAAGACCGUGGAGAAUCCUGAUGUUACUGUGGAGGAUUCAGUGGAGCAAAUUGAUAUAGGUGGUGUGACAUUGCUCCGGGCUGCAGCAAAAAAUCAUGCACGAGUGACAGUCAUUUGUGACCCUGCUGAUUAUGAUAAGGUUGCCAAAGAGAUGGAGAGUUCAGAGCUAAAAGAUACAUCACUGGACACUCGUAAAGCUCUUGCUGUGAAGGCAUUCAAUCAUACUGCAGAGUAUGAUGCUGCCAUUUCUGACUACUUCCGAAAGCAGUACAGCAGUGGCAUCUCUCAGCUGACACUGCGGUAUGGCAUGAACCCUCACCAAAAACCAGCACAAUUAUACACCACACUUCCAGAACUUCCUCUUAAAGUGGUGAAUGGAUCCCCUGGUUUCAUCAAUCUGUGUGAUGCACUUAAUGGCUGGCAGCUGGUACGUGAUUUAAAGCGGGCCACAGGGUUGCCAGCAGCCACUUCAUUCAAGCAUGUCAGUCCAGCAGGGGCAGCCAUUGGUGUACCGCUAAGCAAGGAAGAGGCACAAUUAUGUAUGGUUGAUGAUUUAAAGGACUUGUCUCCCCUGGCAAUUGCCUAUGCUCGAGCCCGAGGUGCUGACAGAAUGUCUUCUUUUGGAGACUUUAUUGCUUUGUCUGAUGUGUGCGACCUGUCUACAGCAAAGAUAAUCUCAAGAGAGGUUUCAGAUGGUAUCAUUGCACCUGGCUUCAUGCCAGAGGCAUUAGAAGUGCUGAAGAAGAAAAAGAGUGGUGGCUUUUGUCUGCUUCAGAUUGAUCCAGCAUUUGAACCAGCAUUAAUGGAAUCAAGAACGCUGUUUGGGCUGCAAAUGCAGCAGCGGAGAAAUGAUGCCAUUAUUGAUGAAUCUCUUUUUACCAACAUUGUUACCGACCAUAAAGAGUUACCUGACUCAGCAAAGCGUGACCUUCUUGUUGCCACAAUUGCCUUGAAGUAUACCCAGUCCAACUCUAUCUGUUUUGCUAAAAACGGCCAGGUUAUUGGCAUAGGAGCUGGCCAGCAAUCUCGCAUCCACUGUACAAGGCUUGCUGGGGACAAGGCCAACAACUGGUGGCUUCGUCAGCACCCUAGAGUUCUGGGCAUGAAAUUCAAGAAAGGUGUAAAGCGUGCAGAUAUGUCUGGUGCCAUUGAUAUUUUUGUUUUGGGCACUGUCGGUCAGGACAUGGACUUUAAAACCUGGGAAGACAUGUUUGAAAACCCCCCACCCCAGUUUACUGAGGCUGAAAGGCGUGAAUGGAUUGCCAAGUUGAAAGGUGUAGCCCUUGGUUCAGAUGCCUUCAUUCCCUUCAGAGACAACAUUGACCGAGCUGUUCAGAGUGGUGUAGAGUAUGUUGCCUCCCCUUCAGGCUCCACCAGCGAUCAAGUCAUCAUUAAUGCCUGCAAUGACCACAAGAUUGUCCUAGCUUUUACCAACUUGCGCCUCUUUCACCAUUAAUUAGCUGGGUUGUCAGAAAUCUGGUUGUUGAAAAAAUUGUGAGCUAGCAGAACUGACAUUGGUAUUAUUUGGGGAUCCUUUUUUAUGCUCACCACUUAUAUCGCAGUUUGACAUAUUUUGAGUUUUGUACUGAAGAAAAAUGACUUUAAGUCAGAAAAUGAAAGGAUUAAGGGAACUGGGUUUGGUGGGGAUAAGAUAGAUACGAAAGUCAGAAUGAGAGAUUUGAGAUGGAUUCUCUGCAUUUAUGUUGCCUGUGGUUGAAAAGGAUUUGAGAUUAUAUUCAGCUUCAAAAUGUUUUUUAACACAUUUCCUUCGUAGCAUCUGAUAACCAUUGUCAUUAGUGUAGAAUUGUAAUCAUGUCAACCAUGUAAUUAAUCCAAAUUAAUUGGCAUCAUGUGUCCUACAAUUCCUCUUCUUGUGUGUUAGGGUUCAUAUUUCAUCCUGGAUUAGGAUAUAUCAAUCAUUUGUGAUCCACUUACAGACCAAGUUGGAUAGUUUGUUUGUAAAAUAAAUUUUGUUCGCUUUCAGUGCAGACAGGUUGUCCAUAUUUGUAUUUCCAUGUCAUAUUAACUGGCGGAUUUUGGGGGGAAUCUGGGAGGAGAAUUUUAAAAUGAUGGGAACGCUCUAAAAACACAUUCGUUUGAGCCCGAUCCUAUGCUGGUUUAUGGACAUAGUCUCAUGCUUGCAUACGAGACUUACUAUCCUGUGGACAUAUGACAGUGUUGACCUCACACCAUUGAAGGUGAUAUAUCUGAUAGUAUACGCAUGCGUGAUUGUUUCGUUCAUACUUAAUUUCUGGUUCAUUUUGUAUUUUAAGAGACAUUUUACUUCAUAUUUUGCCAUUCUCUGCAAGUUCCUGGCAUUGAAAUAAAAUUUUAUCUCACUGUC